AUAAUAUCAUCGCUCCACCUACAUACUACAGACUGCCUAUAAAGGUAUGGUGCGUCCGAUUUCCCGACUGUAGAGUGCAUCUUCGUAUGUCUACGUGAGGAACAUGGCUGAAAUGAGCCCUGGAAAACGAAAUUAAUACAGAAUAUUUAGCUUCCAAUCCAACAUCGGGAUGGCACAUCAACUUCACUUAGAGAAAGAAAAGUACAGACAAUGGGCGAAGGCCGGACUUGGACUGGGAUACUCAAAAGAAGGACUUGCGCCAUUUUGUGACGAUGUCGCCAAACAACAACAUAAAGACAUCUUAGAUAACAUUAAACAGACAAAGAAUAUAUCGACUGUGACAUGUGGUCAGUGUGCUCUGAAAACUCUCAAACCGGAUCAUUUGAAAAUAGGAAAGAAUCAAUGUCCGUUAGGUCAAGUUAAUUGUAACUGCUGCUAUACGAGUGGUAAAAUUGCUUGUCCAAACAACGCAUGUGGCGCCAUCUAUGACGACAUUAUAACUAACCAUGCGUCCUCGCCACCAGCUCCUUAUUGGAAAAACACCCAAACUCAGCAGUGGACUGGAGAUCCUUGGAGUAUAGCUAAAUGUUUCAUCAACGCCCCGGGAUAUGAUCAGAAGACAUCAUCAGCCGACAUUGACUGUUCAGGACUACUGCAUGUGAUUAUAAACAACAAAUAUUUUCAUAAUCACAUUCAGUGUAAUUUAGCUGGAGCUAAUGUAUUUUCAAAGGUGAGACAGUACAGAAACGAGAUAUUCCACUCAGGCACCAUGGAACUGGAAAAGGCUGUUGCAAAUAAUUACAUUGAUGAUAUGAUUGCUGUGUUGAAAGAUGGUAAAGAACUGAUCAACCGAAAAGAUGCUCAGGACGCCGUAACAAAACUUGAAGAGCUAAAGAAUAAAGAUUUUGUCGUAACCACUGAAAAUAUGGAGAAAGUUCUUGGAGAUGUCAGAGAAGAAACGGGCAAUUUAAGAAAAUUAACAGGUCUAGCAACUAAGGAUGACCGUGUGAAUCUAAAAAGGAAAUUGUCUGCAGUUGAAUCUCUCAUGUCUGAACUAAAGGAGGUGGUGAAAAGACUCAAGAUAGACGAUUCUGCCCUAAAGAACAAUCGGAGUACGAAAAGUCAAAACUAGAUUUACAGAAGAAGUUGAUAAAGCAUUACAGAGAAGAUAUACUACGCAUGUCUGCACUUCCGCUUCAACAAGAGGGUAAUCUAAGUGACUUUAAAGAUGUAUACGUCAGACCGCAAAUGACGAUUGAAUCGAAAAG